AUGCGUAAUCAAUCCAUUCUUUCCUUCGCGCUGGUCGCAUUCGCCUCUACCUCCCUUGCUACCUCAUCCGUGGUUGAGAGGGGUAUGCCCAUCGAGGACCUUCAUGCUGCAAUUGUUUCCGCUGGUGCAGAAUUCGACCAGCUAACAGCGCGUGGCCAAGCCGAAUUUGCUUCCCUCGCUGCCUCUGCAGUUGAAAGAGAUGUAGAAGCGCGGGCAAACGAUGCCGCCUCACUGCUUGCCCUUCUCCCAGCAGGCCAUGGUUCCUCGAAACGUGAGCCAGAAGAGGAAUCCAAAAGAGCCGAUUCCGCCGCUGGUCUUCUUGCUCUCCUUCCAGCAGGACACGGUUCUGGCAAGAGAGCUGACAGUGCAGCUGGCCUUCUUGCUCUCCUUCCAGCAGGACACGGUUCUGGCAAGAGAGCUGACAGUGCAGCUGGCCUUCUUGCUCUCCUUCCAGCAGGUCAUGGUGCCGACAAGAGAGCUGAUAGUGCAGCAGGCCUUCUCGCUCUUCUUCCAGCUGGCCAUGAGAAGCGUGAACCAUCUGAAGAGGAGGUUAAGAGGGCUGAGAAUGCCGCUAGUCUUUUAGCUCUCCUUCCAGCAGGACACGGCUCCGACAAGAGAGCCGAAACUGCCGCUGGCCUUCUUGCUCUCCUUCCAGCAGGCCAUGGCUCUGAUAAGAGAGAUAACGCAGCUUCUCUUCUCGCAUUACUUCCUGCUGGUCAUGGUUCCGACAAACGAGAGCCAUCUGAAGAGGAGGUCAAGAGGGCUGAAAGUGCCGCAGGCCUUCUUGCUCUUCUUCCAGCAGGGCAUGGCUCUGGUUAG